AUGCCAAGAAAGAAAACUAAGGAAGGAGGAGAUGAACUAAGCAUGAAAAUUCCUAGUCAUUCCCUUCCUUUCUCCCCUCAUCCCUUCAAUCAUCCUAUUUUGGUGAAAUCUACUCUGCUCCUUUGCACAAAAUCAGGGAUAUUGGGAGCUCAAGGUCCCUUUCCCGCAGCUGCCCUAAAGAAUUCCUAUUUUCAGGUAUCUCCUUUCCUCUCUUUCCUUUCCUCCUUCAUGGUCAGAUCUGAUGAAGGAAAUAAUUUGGUAUACAUGCUGGUUCGAAGGGUGGCUCCUUGCGCACCAAUAUCUUUUGGUCCCUUGGGUGUUUUGCUUGAUAACUUGUUCCUUCCCUCCCAGGAGCCCUGUGCACAUGGUCUUCCAAGCUCCUUCCAUGGCUUUGUCUUUCCGCCAAAUGCUGGAGCCUUUGCUGCUUCUUACUUCUAA